UACACGUCCCGGCGUGCUCAGGGACCGUGAGGGAGGGGAGCCCGGCGAUGGCGGCGCGGCCGAAGCGCUGCCUGGUGCGGCGGGGCGGCGGGCGAAGGCAGCACGGCCUGGCCGCCUCCUGCCUGCGGGAGCUGCGCCAGAAGGCCAGCGGCGUUCUGGCCAUCGAUAAAGCCGCGGAGCCCAUCACCAUCGUGCUGGCGGAGGACGGCACCAUCGUGGACGAUGAGGAUUACUUCAGGUGCCUGCCGCCCAACACCAAGUUCGUGGCGCUGGCUAAGGACGAGAAGUGGGGCGGGAGGAGCCCAGAUGGCGGAACAACCUGGCUCUCAGAUGUGGAUGAAGUGGACGGUGCUGCAGAGAAGUGGAAGCAGCUGGCCAGGCAGCUGAAGGAUGACCUGUCUAAUAUCAUCCUGAUGUCUGAAGAAGACCUCCAGGUGCUUAUUGAUGUACCGCAUUCAGACCUGGCAGAGGAACUUGCCCAAAGUCAAACCAAGAUCCAAGCAUUGCAGAACACCCUGCAGCAGGUGCUGGACAGACGAGAAGAAGAACGCCAGUCAAAGCAGCUCCUGGAACUCUACCUAGAGGCCUUGAAAAACGAAGGCAGUAUCUUAAGCAAAGUAGCAGAGUCUGAGACUGUGCCAGGAAAGGAGAUGGAUGUGGUUGACACAGGUACCAGCAGUACUGGCACUUCAGCCAAAACAGCACUCAGCGACCACCUCCUUGCUGUUCUGAAAGGGAAACCUGCCCCAGAGCUCUGCUUGGACAGUCAAGAUCUAGAGCUGGUUGUGAAAGAAGACACACAAGCCCUUGCUGCAGCUCUAAGCUGGGACAAGCAGAAAGCUGAAGCUCUACAGCAAGCCUGCGAUCAGGAGCUCUCCAAGCGCCUACAGCAAGUGCAGACUUUGCAUUCCCUGAGGAGCACAUCAAAGGGCAAGAAAACGCUACCUUGGGGAGACUGGCUUAGUUCAAAACGUAAAAAAUAAGACUGUUCUGCCUCAAGUGCCAAGGGAAUGCAAGUGGGGUGUGCAGUUGGUGUUUUUUUUCAAAUUGCAAUCAAUGUAAACAUGAUACGUCCUGGCAGCCAUAGUUUGCUGGUCAUACCAUGGUCUGGCUGUAGACAACUAAAAUCUGGACAUUGUCCUGAGGCUUAAACUCCUGUGAUGACUCAAAUCAUGUGUAACCAAAGGGAUUUAGACUUUUUGCAGAAUACUAGAACAGUGGAAUUACUAAACACAGCAUGUAAGAGUUCAGCUUUGAAUAGCUGGUUAGGAGCCAGAAAUUUCCAUCUGAUGAUGCUGGAUUUAGCUUCUGGAGCCUCAGACAGUUUGAUUACCUUAUCUUGCCACCAUUUUCAGUGUAAAGGAUGAAAUUUAUCUACCUCGUGGACAUUAACAAAUAGGAAGAAGGCAUUCUGAGAAUUGCUCAUUGAACACGGCGUGCUUUUUCUUUGGAGGGGUUUGUUGUGAUUUGGCCUAUUAAAGUUGUCAUGUGAUCUUUCCAGCUGCUGUCUGGCCUUAAGCUCCAGCCUGGCAUCUAGGAACUUGAACUUCUCUCUAAUUUCACCAGUUAAAGUAAAAGCAAAACCUCUUAAUUUCUGUGGCUUUUUUUCUCUGCAAGGAACUCCUGCCUCGAGUGCAGUGUAAGCACUAAUUUGUAAAAUAGCAAAAGUGGAAAUGCUUGUUUUGAAAGGCUGUGGGACAGAAGACGUGUAUUUGGCCUGUCUGUAUUCCUAGUCUAAUCAUUGGUAUGGUAUCAUAACACCUCAGUAUUAACCUGCUUAUUUUUAAAUAGGUUAAAGUCUUCUUCUAACGUCAUUAAAACCUUUUUACUAUAC